AUGAAGUCUGAAUGUAGCGAGCGAGUCUUAAUGCACUUCAGCAGACUGGCCAGCUCCUUCAAUGCCAGAGGUUCCUCCUGUGCUUUUUGGCAAAAGAAAUUUAACAGCUCUGGGACAUGGAAAAAGCUGCAUGGGUUGAGCAAGAGAAGGAACCAGUACGCACCUGACAGUACUGGAAAUGCUUCUCAUGCAACAAAAACUUCCCCCUUGGCAGAGUGUGCUGCAAACCACAAGGGCUGGUUUGUGUUGGUUUUACAUAUUCCUGAAAUGGGCCCACAGUGGGAAGCCACAGCUCCUUGCUGCAAUCUAUCUGCAGGGCAGGUUUCCCCACGGAAUUGUUUGUGA